AUGGACGCGACAACGCCGCCGCCACCAGAGUUGAGGUCGCCACAACUUCAAGGACUAUUAUCACGAACACUUAGCUCGAGCCCAGCAACCAAGUGGAUUCUACCGGCGCGUCUUCGAUCACCAUCGAAGAAUGAUCUGGUAUUCGUCGGCGAAUCCAGCAUACAUCUUCGAGAAUUUAUUUCCACAGAUGAACCUUGCCUUGCGGAACCAUCGUGUAGCAUCAAUUUCGACAGUCAAAUACUGGCAGCCGAUGUCAUCUCGGCCAAUAUCAACAUAGUCGCCAUUUCCACAGAUGAGCAAAUUUUGCAGCAGAAGCAGACGGUCGAGGAGGAGAGCUACAGCAGCGAUGGACGACCGAUCAGAGAUGGAGAGCCGGCACAAGUCCUGGUGCUCAGCACUUCAAACGCAGAGCUCAUCUUCAUCUACGCUACCGAAGAUUUUGAUGGGACUGUCCGCUUCGUCCAUGCCACCAAGCCGCUUCUGACUGGGCCUGGCGUGCAAGACCAGCGUCUCCUGCACCUUGCUCACGACCAUGAAUCUCGAGCGCUCGCGGUCGCUCCGAACCGUGGGCUUUGCAUGAUCGGUUCACUGCCUUCUCUGGAUACCAUGAAAAAUGAGAUCGAUCAAUGGAGACCAGCUGGUACUGCCUUGAACAUCUUUCGGAAACAGCGUCUGCUCCAGGUUGACGGCGAGAUCGUACAGAUGGAUUUCAUCCACCCACUGAGGGAAGACAAAAGUAAAUUGAUGCUCGUACUUAUUGUUGCUAAGCAGGAUCGGACGUAUAUGGUGCUCUACCGAUGGGACGCUCAACAGCCGUUGCACCGCAUCAGGCCGAUGCGAUCGAGUGGUCAAGCAAUGCCUGAUUCGGACGCAAAGCCACUAAUGUUGAUCCCAUGCAAUGCCCCCGCUUCAUUCUUCCUUGUCACAAGGUCCGGCUUGGUUCUAUACGAUUGGAUCACGCACUCAGAAGCUAGGAGGACCGCACAUCCUCUCUCUGACCAGAAUGAGUUCCCAGAUGGCAAUCGAACCAAGAUGUGGACACAGUGGGCAAGACCACGGCGACAUGAAACACACAGACGGACCGCUGAUGAGAUCAUGCUGGUUCGUGAGGAUGGCCUGUUGCAUCUCUACGACAUUGAUGUGCAGCCCGCUCUCCGGGUCAAGCUGGCGUGGCCCUCAGGCAAGCUCGACAUCAAAAUGCAACAAGCAAUGUGUCUUCUACCAGCUCCUUUACACAUUGGAGGCGGAGACAUUCUCGUCGCUUGUGGUGAGAAUGCCGAUGGUGGAGUUUACCAUCUCAGAGCUAGGAAGCCGAAUCGUUGUGUCCAGCGCAUUGCCAACGUCACAUCCACGAACGACCUCCUGUUAUUCCCGCCGACCAGCAGCCGAGACACAAAUGUUGAUCGGAGAUCACGCAUCUUUGCUUGUGCCGGGGAUCAGCAAGGUAACGGAGGCUUGGUCGAAGUGUGCCACGGCAUCGAAGCGAACGUCAGAAUGGUGAUUCAGGACGACGAACUCAGAAGCAUUUUGCGCAUCUGGACUAUUCCAAAGAACAGCGAUGAAGUAUUGAUCCUCAGCGCACAUCCUUUGUACAGCAGCCUGAUAUCGCUCGACAUGUCAAAAAUGGAGCCGUUCGAGGAAACAGCAGAUACUUUGCCAGGAAUCGACUUGGAGGCGACGACGUUAGCAGCGGCCGCUAUGUCCGACGAUGUACUGGCUCAAGUCUCCACGAGCGGACUCAGAAUCGUCUCGACCUCUGGACGCCAUUCGCCGUUUCGAGACGAAAUGAGCACUACGAGUCUGAUAUGUGCUAGUAUCGAGCCACUGUCAGGCGCGCUGCUUGCCGCACAUCAGGAAGGAGAUGAGUACAUGAUCAGUACGUACAAGGUGGUGACCUCGCCCCAGCCACGUCUGGAGUCGUUGGCUAGCCCUUACUCAGUCCGUCAUCAACCCACAUGCGUGUGUAUCUCCCGCUUAGGGGAAGAGGUCAUCGCCCUAGCCGUGCAAGGAGACGGAGGCCGUCACCUCACUGGCAUGCGAAUAUCGUCAGCGGGAACGGUACACUUCACUGCCGAUUUGCUGGCCUUAUCGCCCGAGCUUGCACCUCUUUCCAUUGGCACUUCCGUUGGUCUACUUGUCUGCGGUUCUCGGAAUGGCUUUCUGUUGUGCUUAGAAGUCCGAAUAUCUCAGCAAUUGGAAGAAACUAGACUCAAGCCUGUGCUAAGCCGCCGUUUAGCUCGCACUUCCGUCAAUGUGUCAACGGACGAAUUCAGUCGACGCAGCGGCUGCGCUGACGCUGCCUUCGUUGCGUAUGGCUCGAUCCUCGAACGAUUGUCGCUCCAGGCCAAUGAUGCUGGCGCCGAUAUCGACCGUACAUACAUCACUGUGCAAAGUCGCGAUCGGUCCGACCACUCCUCCGUGUCCCCGGAGGUUCUCAACGCAGUUGGCCGAGUCCCUUCUGUGAGUUCUGACCAGAGUGAGUCAACUGCUGGUCUUUUGGUCUGCGCGACGUCAAAUAGUCUCACGACUUCGACACUCUCUCGAGCUCAAAAAGCAAUUUUCCGUCAUGUUCAAGUGCCAGGAGUCGCCAAGAAGGUCGUCUAUUCCAGGUUUCUGAAGUCGAUGGUCAUCGGCGUGAAUCCUGGCCCGGAUUCCAAAGACAAUACGAUGGUCGCACGCCCCAUGAUCUGCUAUGCCGCUCUGCAGGACGAGGAAGCAGACUGCGGGCCUAUCGACAAGAGCAAAGUUGUCGUACUGGGCACGGCCGACGAUCCCGAGGAGAAGAUCAGCGCCCUGACACACUAUUCUCCCGCCAAUGAGAGGCAUCACUUCGAGAUGACUCUCGUUGCAUUACAGUCCAGAGUCCGCAUUGACAAGAGCGACAAGUUCCGCAUCAACAGUCGCAUCGUCUGUAUCAGCGACAAGCAUGUCAAGAAAGCGGAUCCUUCACGCGGACCGAUCAAAGUCAGUAAUGUGAUGAACGUCAGCAAGAAACGGGUGACCGCUCUGUGUCCGAUCGGCCGAUCUGGUCUGCUCAUCGGAUCUAACAACGAGCUGUUGUUGCACAACUUGGACGUGGAGUCGAAAAAAUGGUCUACAAUCACACGGCACUCUCUGCCCUCACCAGCACGCCAGAUUCGCGUUCUGGGCUCAAUGAUCUACGUCGCCACCGAGAAACAUUCUCUGCUCAUUCUCAAAGAGCAUUCCAACACGCUCGGCAUACAGAAUUCCGACAUGAGGGCGCGCGCGAUAGCAGAUGUCCUGCCCCUGCACCGCCAACACGUCUUCAUUGCCGAUACUAGUCCCUAUGGCACUCGACUGACCGGAGUUGUGGAGGACCAGCAGGGUGCCACGCUGCAGCGAACAUUCGAGCUUCAUCUCCCGCAACGUAUCAACCGUCUGGAGCUCGACAGUCCUAUAGCAGCGCAGCUGACCCAAAGCAGCCGGCCUGCUAUCGUAGGAACUUCUAGCAGUGGCCACAUGUACCGAUUCACAUCCCUCAGCGCUCCGGAAUGGAUGCUGUGUCACUUCCUGAUCGGUCUCACCAAGCCAGGCAUGAGGAUAGGUGCAAAGACAAUUGGUCAAGAGCUGGAUUUUAGUCCACGGAUGGAGAAGACACAACGACUGGCAUUGCCGCCACAGAUGAUGGGCAUUGAUGGGGACUUGCUUGCCAGAAUACUUGAGGAUGGCCACAGGGGUAAAUUUGGGCUGAGAUCGGUACUUGGACUGGACGAGACUUCGAUCAAAGUAGAGAAAGAUGGGACUUAUAGCAACGGGCGGACAAAGGCAGACGAUGCGGACGAAGAUGUGGUCAUGAGCUCGUCAGAGGCUGCUAUGGACAUGACAGCACCAAUCACCGCGGCGCGGCAGAGCUCCGAGCCUGAUAAAGAAGUGAAGGAGAAGCUGCAAACGCUGCAGAAGCUACUGAGUAAGGUGACGGAUCGCGUGCAGCCAAGGGACAUUGUCGGUUCGACUAUGAUCUGGCUGAGGGAGUUGCUGCAGUCGUAG